GUUGUCAUCCCCAAUUUGCCAUUUGUUUGUACUAAACAUUCGAUCUGUAUAGUGAAUACGAGUAAGAAGAAAAUGCAGCAAAGAAACUCAACAUUGGGAAGGCCUUCUGGAACCGAUGGUUCUGAUUAUUCCUACCGUAUGGUAGUUGAUUCAAGGUAUCAACUUGUUGCAAAGGGGAAGAAACGCCUCUCUCUGCUAUUUAUCAUUGAGGCUUUGUUUCUGUUAAUAGGAGUGAUAUUUGCAUUUUUACCAGGAACAAAAGGGGAUACGCCAAAUACAGUGGCCUUUUCUUCUGUUAUUGCUAGUGGUGUUUUGUUGAUCAUUGCAGAUAUAGGUAGAAGACGGAGCCGGUCAAGUUUGUUGAGAUUAUAUGCCUUUUUAUCAUCCAUAGUAAUGCUUCUCUUGGUCGCAUCCUUUGCUAAACAGUAUUCUCUGCUGAAGGCUAUCCAGUAUUUUAGUUAUCACGGAUUGAGGGAUUCUGAUGUUGAUUUUCCUAGUCUUCAAACUGGUUUGUUGUUAUAUAUACUCACUUUAUCGAUAUUCAAGAUUAGUACUAUCAAAGCAGUCAUGUUCCUUCUUUUUAACAUGACGCCUCCUAAGAAAGCCUCUUAACCUCUCAUUGUCUUACAAUAGAUUGAUCUGUAUCUUGUUUGAGAGAUUGACGGAAGCUCACUUAAGAUUAUAUGUAGAAUUUUCCUUGCAUUAAUCAUUUUAAAUACAAUAUGUAUAUUCUUUACACAAACUUGUUUUUGUAUACUUUUGACGAAUUGUUUUUGUUUUAUUUUGCACUGUUUAUUUUCUUCUUCCUGUGCGAUUCUUUCUCUCACUAUUCUAUGUAGAGAUUCUAAACUGAUGGUAUAGCUUCAGAGUGUUGUCACUUGUGUUCAUGAGCUUUGCAGAUGGGUCCUUUAAAGGAUUAUUUAAUACUAUUGAACUUUAGUUGCUUGCUUCAA